AUGGCGGGGCGGGGCUGCCUGGGGCUGGGGCUGUUCUGCUGGCUUGUGCUUGCUGUUCCUGUGGGCCCCCAGCCUGCCUCCUCCGUCCCUGGCGCCCUUCCCACCACACUCACCCCGCCACCUCAGAGCGAGUCCUCUAUGCUGUCUCUCAACCUGGGACUAAACUUCAAAUUUCAUCUUCGGGGACCUGCUGCUGUGUGGGGGAACCCGGUCACCGAGACCCAACCUCUCUCGCCUGGUCCAGGCCAGGAGUCAGGGGAAGAGGUGGCCAGUGGACUGAGGACUGACCCCUUUUGGGAACUGCUGGUAGGCUCCCUGGGGAACUCUCCCUCGGAGUGGGGCUCUGCUGAAGGCAGCUCUACGCCCUGGGCCUCCUCUUUGCCUGCGGAGUCCACAUCGCCACUCUCUGGUCCCACUGACUCCUAUCAUCCCAGGACGGGCACUGUGACCUGGGCCACUGCUCUGACAGCCACGGCACCUCCAUCCACUGUUCCCAGACCCCAGCAGAGUGAGCUGGAGCUGAAGUUUGAUGUGGCACUGAGAGCAGGUGCAGCCCCCACACUCGGGCAUCGAACACUGCCCCUGCUCCCCAGCCUGCGGGCCAGCCUGGCAGAGAUUGCUGGGCGCCUGGGACCUUUUGGGUUCUUUGGUACUACUCUGCCCCCAGUCCGGAAUUUCUCAGGCUUUAGCCUCCCAGGAACAACGACACUCCCAAGCUCAGAUUCCAGAAUGUCAGAUUCUCCAGGGUUCUUUGGCACAACUCUGUCCCCCCUCCCACCUCUCCUGGAAAGGAAGUUCUCAAGCCCAGGCCUGCUGGACUCAGCCACUUUGUUAAGCUCUGCUUCAGUUGAGACAACACCCACGCAACAUGACCCCACUAUCUCCACCUCUGACUCAGAUGACCCCUCUCCUGCCAGCCUGGGAAACCCUUCAGAGCAGCCCAAGUGUGAGCCAGAGCCCUGUGGACACGGAGACAUGCCCGGCCUCGAGGAGCAGUCUCCAGCCUCGCCGGUGCCGCUCUUCUUUUUAACCCUGGAGGCCGACUGGGCAGAGGCCAGGGCACGAUGGGGGCUGGCCUGGGAGGCCCACGUGUACGGGGCAGGUGCGCUCUUCGGUCUAGUGGCCCUGCUGGCGCUGCUGGCUUUAGCCCUCUUGCCUUGGCGCUGCCCACCUGGCGCCCCCUGCCUGGCGCUGCUGGACCUGCUGCUGCUCUCGGCUGGGACCACGCGGGCCUUCCCGCUCUUCUACGACGCGUACGGGCACCGCGAUCGGCUGCCGGUGCUCGCCUGGCUGCUGCUGCAGGACCUGCCACUGCCCUGCCUGGCUGCUGGCUUGGGGCUGGCUUGCCUGCUGCUGGCCCGGCCGCGCCCGCCCCGGUGCCCCGCUGGCUUGGCGGCGCUGCUGCUCCUGGGGCUGGGGCUGGCGGCCGCGGCCGCUCUGGGGAGCGCUGCUCACCACCCACUGCGGCCCCUGAGGCUGGCCUCGCGCGGGCUGCACGCCUUCCUCGCCGUCCUGCUUUCUGGGCUCCUGUUGGCGCUCUCUUGUUGGGGAGGGCGGCGGCGGCGGGCUGGAGCGCCCCUGGGAGGAUCCGGGUUCAAGGGCGCUACCCCUGUCCCGCAGGCGCGCAGCCCUUUCGCCCCUCGGGAGUCCUGGCGGCGCGCGGCGCGCACGGCCCCGGUGGCUGGCACCUUCGGGCUGCUGAGCGGAGCCCUGCAGGGCUACGAGGUGCUGCAUGCCCUGGGCUACGGAGGCCAACCCGGCCUGGAGGGGCCCUGGCCCUGGUGGGCCUUCCAGCUAGGUCUGCGCCUGGGCGAGGUGGGGGUCGCGCUCCCGUUGGCACUGCUGGGUCUCUACCCCGCGCUCUGCAGUCCCCGCGUGCCGCCGCGCUGCUGGGCCAAGCUUUUCCGCUUGUCCCCGGGCCAUGCAGCGCCGCUGCUGCCGGGAGGCUGGGUCGCCGGGCCUCGGGACAAGGAGCCGCUGGGGAGCGCCAUUGCACGUGGCGACGCGGAGCUGCUGCAGCUGUGCGCCCUGGCAGGGCCAGGCCCUGACCUCCUGCUGCAGGGCGGCGGCUGCCGAGGCUGCGAAGGCACCGCGGCCAAUCCCGCCCCGUCCUCGGCCUCGUCCCCCUGCAGCGAUUGCACGGUGGACUUCCGCCCGCCCUCUCCCAUCAAUCUACGGCGCAGCAUCGAGGAGGCCCUGUGCAGCGAGUCGCUGCUGGCGCCCGGCCUUUUCCAGGGUCCUGCCUUCGGCGAAGCCCUGCCUGGGCUCGGUCUCUACCGCACCAUCUCGCUGGGGACCCAGACAGGGAUUAGGCCCAGUGGGAGGUCGGAGGAGGCCCCCGGAUCUCCAGCGCCCCCGGAGCUUCCUUCUCCUGGGGCCUGGCCGGCAGGCAGCAGCCCCUCAUCGGGCUCGCUUUGCGGACUUUCAAGGGACAGUUCGUCCAUGUUGCUCUGCUCCAGCCCAGACAGACCCCCGCGCUGUCCACUUGUCUGCAUCCUCAGUCCUCCGCGACCCUCCGGAAGCAGCCCUAGCCUCCCGGCCUCCGGAUCCUACCAGGCUCUGUCCCCACCUUCCAGCGACUCCCCGGAGCCUGCUGCGGAGUUACAGGCCCAGGAGGCUUUGCUGCAGGAGCAAUUCCUGGAUGCCUGCCGACAGAUUGACGAGCUGAGCAUGGGCAGCGACACUAUAGACCUGUGA